UGAGCGGUGGACGUCGGCCGACCGUUUGGGGCGUGUUAUAAAUAAAAUGUUGUAUUGAAAAUUUCAAACAGAAAAUGUAAAUUGAAUUACGACCAUGAGUGCUAAUAUAAUAAAAAGAUUAAGCGUAUCGUCACUGGUCUCAUGACCAUUUUGCUUUAACUUAUAUUGAUAAUAAAUACACACCAUGGGCGACGUUGUAAGCUUAUUUUCUGUGAUAAUUAUGAAAUUCAAAUCAAAAUUUAAUCAAAGUAAAAUUUACUUUCAUUGUGAUUUGCCUUGGGAAAAACUUAAAUCAGUGAAAUGGAUGAACGAAAAGGCCACAUCCAAUAAAGCUUACGUACCGACAGCGGUGGAAAACAUCGCAAAUGUGUGCACACAUGCACUAUGCGUUGCGCCCGCAUCCCUUGGCGCACGGGAGCUUCUCACGCGCUCCGUGAACGCGCCGCAAGCCAUCGCUGCGGUGGUCUACGGGCUGGCACUGUGCCUGCUCUUCGCUGUGUCCACCACUUUCCAUUCAGUGUGCUGUUGUCAAUCUAAUACUAAAAUGAAACACUUCCUCCACCGAUGCGACCGCGCCAUGAUCUAUAUAUUCAUCGCGAGCUCCUACUUCCCAUGGCUGACUGUGGGUACAUUGUCGUGCUGGAUGCUUCGAGAAUUGCGCUGGGCGAUAUGGCUGCUAGCUGUCCUUGGCAUCACAUACCAGCAGAUAUUCCACGAGCGGUACAAGAUGCUGGAGUUAUUGCUGUACUUGAUUAUGGGGCUUGGACCAGCGGUGAUCAUUGUCACUUCAAAUCAUCAGUUCCCAGCGAUGCACGAUUUGAAGAUGGGUGGCUUGCUGUACCUGAUAGGCGUAUUCUUCUUCAAGUCAGACGGUCGCAUCCCGUUCGCCCAUGCCAUUUGGCAUAUGUUCGUAGCACUAGCCGCCAGUGUUCACUACCUAGCUAUUCUCCGACAUCUCUUCCCAGAACUAAAAUCGCAAUGAAGACUGCCCGUUUAUUCUAUUCAAACGUUUCGAUUAACGAGGUCCCUAAGAUAUUUUUGUAUCCUAAUUCGUUAACAAGGCCACGAAUAGUUCAAUUGACAGCGGCGCGCGAAAUGUCAGAUGUCAAUUGGUUAAAAAAUGUUAGUGUCAAGAUGAAAACUAGGAACUUAUAGGGAUUGAUAUUAUGGAAUUUUUGAAUCUUAUUCCAAUUUAGUAAUAGACGAAAGUAGCUACGGACGCGUUCUCUAUCAUAAUAUCGUAUAUUAUUUGUGUAAAAUGAAUAUUGGGAUAAUCAAAUCAUGAAUCUCGUAAAAGAUAAAAAUAUACAGGAUUAGAAUUGUAUUACAAUUAUAAUAUUAAAUUGAGUUACGCCGUAAAACUUGCUAUUUACGUAAUGAUUCAUAUCGCACUAAUUAAAUUGUAUGGCUGCGGUUAUGCAACAGGGCACGGUGUCAUGAAUAGUAUUACCCUAUUUUAUUUAAUAGAACGCGUUCGUCGAUAUACUACAUGCGUGUGUAUAUUUUGUAAUAUAUUGUUGGAUCUUAUUGUUGUAGCGUACGUAGUCGUAUCCCAGAAUCUCGAGACCAAUCCAACCCUAUUUAGACAAUUUAAACGUGUAUUAGGGUUUUUAGAAACGUUUAUAUAUCUAUACUUAUAUUUAAUCCAGUUUUUCAGCAAAGAUCUUUUAUACACCUCAUGUGAAUUUUUCCUUAGAUCUAGUUCCUUAUACAUGUUUUAGUGUAGCUAGCUAAAUGUAACUUUUGUCGAUAUGUGGUGACUUGUAUUUAUUAAGUACUUGAGCAUGUAAAACUAUUCCUAGCUUAUAAUCUUAUUGGAAUACUAUGAUUAUUUAAAUAGAUAUUGCUCAAUUAUUGAUGUGAAUAUCUUACAUGUUCUCUAUGAUAAACUCUAUAUAUCGCUAUACGAAGUAAAAUUCGUCAAGUAGUCCUACUAUUUUCAGAUCAAAUACUGAAUUCUCCGAUUAGUUUUUUGUUAUGUUUUCUGAUUUUUUCAAUUACUUGUAUCUGUAUAUUACAAUAUUUUAGCCUACAUACAUAGAUUUUAAUGCAUAUCAAAAUGCUUGAUAUGGAGUCAGUAAAAUUGUUGAGUAGAACGGAGUCACGUCAUAACAUCAGUGUGCUUUGUUAAUUUUUAUCGUAUGAUUGUACGCGUUGGACAAUCGGAGUCUGUUUUGUAAACUGGGGCGGACUGUGACACGAAUGAAAUGCUAUGUAGGUCGCAUGAAUAUUAAUUGCCAACAUACCCAGGUAUUUCAUACUUCCAGAGAACUAUUUAAAUAUAGGUAUAUAUGCCAAGAUUGCGACAUUGUUUACAUGUUUCUCAUUGAUAUAACGUACACGUCUAUAUAUUAUCGUUGUACGAUUUUAUUGCAUUUAAAGCAGUCGCAUUUUAUCUUAUAUUCAAAGUAUAUAUCCAUUUUUUAUCAUAGUCCAAGAGAGAUAGCUAUAAAAAUGAUGCCACUCAACAAAAAAACAUUCUAAUUGAUUUUAAGUGGAAAAUGUUAAACGGUAGCCUCUAAAUGUAACUCCAAUUUUUCGUUAAGAAGGUAGCGAUCCUUUGGCGCCAUCUUAUACAUAUAACGUUAAUAUUGAAAAUAUCGGUGCGUUGACCAAAAUAAUUGUAUGAGAACCUUUUCCAUUGAAAAUUAUAUCUUCUAUAAUUGGCAUCUGAGAGUUUUUCCUCUAUAGUUAAUAAUUUUCGACAUAUUACCAAAAUGUCAGAAAGUUCAAAUAUGUCUAUCUUUCUUAGACUACCAUUGGAUUAUAUACCAAUUUUUAUGAAUAGUAAUCAUCUUGAAUAAUGUAAGUGAUUGUUCCAUAAUUUAAGCUGCGAUUUGUCAACAAUUUCUAGUCAUACUAUUUGCUACAACCAUUCGCAAAUUAGUGUUUGUAAGUAAUGAGUUAAUGUACAUUUUGAUAUUGUUUUUAUAUUAUUUUAUUUUAAUGAAAUUAAAUUAAAUUAAUGAUGAUAUUGUAACCCCGCUGAAUAGUUAAGGCAACAGGGUAAUUAAUUAAAAACUAAAGCAGUUGCACCAAAGUAUGUAAAAAUAAUUGAUCAAAUGUUCAAAUUUACCACUAUAAGUUGUUUCCAAAAUACUAAUAAAGAUCGCUCCCGACUUUUAUAUCAUAGAUAUCAAAAAGUGAAGUUUAUUCUUCCUAAAUAUUUUUAUAGAUUAUGAUUAGUGUUUUAAAUUAUAAUUCUUUAUAAUCUGUUCUUAAUUUAAUAUUUAUUUGGAAGCUCUGAAAAUUAAACUAAUUGUACUAUGUUAUUAGCUGACCAACUACUAUUUUAUUAACUAUAAACCUUACCUUAUUAACUAAAAAGAUAUACAAUAUUUCAUUUCAAAUCAUAAAAAAAGACAAACAAAUGCAAAACUAAUAAAACAGUUAUUUUCAUCAAUGACAUUUCAUGUCUUGAUGAACAUAAAUGUACAUUGACAAACUUACGACUUUCUUAUAAAUUUUUUUGUACGGAUUGAAUAUACUGAUUACUUGAUAGUAAUAAAUAAAUAAAUUAGUUGAUACUAAUAAUUUUACAUUCCAAACAACGCAAAGGAUUAUGAAUUACCGAAUACAAAAAAAAAGAAAAAACAUUUGAUAGUCAUUCUAUAUUCUUAUUGUCUCAGCGAUAAAUAUAUUUCAAUGAAAUGUAAAAGUUGUCCUAUCUAAGUAACAUUUAACUCGCUGAAUGAUUUGUGUCUAGUAUCGAAUGCCACGAAAUUAUAGUUAUUCUUUUUUAUAGUAUAAUCUGUGUUAAGCAUAAUAAUAUUGAUGUAAUAGUUGUAAAAAAUAUGCUGAUCUUUAAUUUUUAUUGUUGAUGUUUUUUCGAAUUUGAUAUCAAAUUCGAAAAAACUAUUUUACAAUUUAAAAGGUGCUACACUGAUGACACUGGGGCUUGAUUAUUUACCCGAAGAAUCGGAAUUGCAAAUCAAUACAAAAUUUUGUUAGCCGUCUUGCCAACAUUUAAUGUGGGUUUUAUUUGAAUAGUAAUUCAUUAAACAUGUGUUUGUGGUUAUUUAAUUAAUUUGCCAUACGUAAAUCUCAAAUUUAAAUUUGCAAGGUAAAAAAUAUUUAUAAUUAUGUAAAUAGUUAUUGGUCAUAUAAUAGCAGUCCGUUAUGUAUAUUUUUGUUUAAUCAUAUAGAAUUCAUUAGAAUAAUUUCGGAAAAAGAUAUUACUGCCUCGUUGUUCUUGUGGCUAGAUUGUACGGCUGUAGAACCCGGGUUCAAAUAAAAUUAUUUUAUUUUCAUGCUGAGAGAUUCUCACGAUUAGAAUGUUGGAAGUGUUAAACUCUCGUGCCUCUUAAAGGCGUCAGCCCUGCACUCUUUUUUCUCUCCCUCUCCUAUCAUUUCGGAUUGCUGUCUCAUCGGACUAUGAUAGUGAAAAGAUUGUAUCUUUUCUUGUGCAAAUAUUUACUGCGCAAUAAACUAGUCUCCCUAGAAAAUGGCCGUCGUGGCCGAAAUCCGUCGGGAUAAUAUCGUCAAAAUAAAUGAAUGAAUAGGAAUUGAAUACUCAGCGGAAUUAAUUUGUUAUACUGUACAAAAAUAAACAUGUAUUUCUUAAAACCAGAAAUCGUUCAAAAAGAAAUACAUCAAUUUACAAACGUUAACCAAAACCUAUUUUGAAAUGAUGAAAAUAAUCUAUUUUUUAAAUUUAUAUUCCAAUGUUUUAGAAAUAGUUUAACGAUCAUAAGGUCGUUUUAAAUUGUAGUGAUAUCUCAACCAAUGUCUAGUCUUCCACGGAGAUGCCAUUGGAUUUUCAUGUAAUAAUUAAUAAGAUAAGUAUAAUCUGGUUUUGUAAAUGCGUCUUUUUCAUAGUUCCCUAUUUAUUUGAAGCAAUUUUUUUUUUAGAGGACAAUAGAUGUCAUUUAAAGUUCAAAUUUAAAAUGUUCGAUUAAUAGGUAUAUUUGAAAGAAUCAUUUAUGCUUUUUACCGUUUAGUAUUUAAGAAAAGAAAGCAAAUUCUAUUACAGUACAGUAACAGCCUGUUAAUGUCCCACUGCUGGGCUAAGGCCUCCUCUCCCUUUUGAGGAGAAGGUUUGGAGCUUAUUCCACCACGCUGCUCCAAUGCGGGUUGGUAGAUUCUAUUACGAGUAACAUAUUUUAUAAUAAUAAUAAAAAAUAUUUUAUAACUCUUACAAAAUAUUUUUUUGAAGAGAUAGAUUUUGGUUGUUUAUUUUUAAAUUGUAAUUAUUGAUAUUUAUUUCCAAUAGUAUUGAAAUAUUAAUAUGUUUUGUUUAAAUGUAUCAGAACCCGCAAUUUUACUAAAUAAAAUAAUCCUGUUAUACCAAAUUCAUCAUGUACAAUUUCCUUUAAUUAGUUUUAAAUAUUUAUAAAUGUAUUUGUACAAGGCUAUUUGUUAAUCUCAACUACUGUUAUAAACCAUCCUCAUUUAUUCAUAUAUUUGAUGUAAUUACUAAAAUAUUCUGUAGCUCGCAAGUUACCUAAGUCUCUAAAAUGAUAACGUAAUGGAUUACUUGAUUGUAUAAUAUUUCGGUGGAUUAUUAAAAAUGUUAUUUCAUUCAUGUUACCUUUGAUAAUGGACCCUGGUAUAGUUUUGUAGUGUUUUUUGGGAAUGAAAUAAAAGUUUUACAUUCAAA